AUGGUUGGUAAAGAAUGCAUAGCCAUAGCAUGUGAUUUGCGUUUAGGUAAUCAAUCGCUUGGUGUGGCCAACAACUUUGAGAAAAUCUUCCAGUUUGGAGACAAGACGUUUUUGGGGUUGACUGGUUUGGCAACCGACGUUCUUACGUUGAAAGAGGAUUUCCGUUUGAAGCACAACUUGUACAAAUUGCGAGAGGAGAGAGAAAUCGAGCCUCGGACUUUGGCCAACUUAGUCAGCUCUUCUUUGUACGAAAAGAGAUUUGGACCAUACUUUGUGGGUCCUAUUGUGGCGGGAUUGGAAUCGAAAACAAACAAGCCUUUCAUUUGCGGCUUUGACUUGAUUGGGUGCAUCGAUUUUGCCAAAGACUUUAUUGUCUCGGGAACAGCCUCCGACCAAUUGUAUGGUAUGUGUGAGUCGUUGUACGAGCCCAACUUGGAACCGGAAGAUUUGUUUGAGACAAUCAGCCAGGCCUUGUUGAACGCCGUGGAUAGAGAUGCCUUGUCCGGCUGGGGAGCCGUUGUCUACAUUGUCACAAAGGACAAGGUUGUCAAGCGAGUGUUGAAAACCCGUCAAGACUAG